AUGGGACCUCGAGGCCGAAAUCCUGGCCGCGACAUACCAACGGAGAACACAGUCCUCGACUCGGGAACGGACACUGUCGAUCGGUGGAGGCGUGCUGCGCGUAGUCUGGCGUAUGCCAAAUGGAGAGAGCGCUUGCUGGAGGAGCUCUGCCGAAUUUCGGCCACUCGUCAGCGCACGCUCGAGGCACUGGUACUUGUGCUGGAGGCAUGGUCGGACCGGCGAUACGGUGAGCUCUCCUUUCGCCUCACCCAGGUCCUUUCGGGGCAUGGAUGCUUCGGGAGGUAUCUGUGGAGAGUCUGCGGAAGGGAGCCACAUCCGGGCUGCCACCAGUGCGGGCACCCGGACGAUGACGCUCAGCACGCGCUAGAAGCGUGCCCACGGUGGGAGCAUCCGCGGCGAAACCUCGUCGCGGUGUUGGGGCAGGACCUCUCUUUGCGGGCUGUCGUCGCCCGUAUGGUAGAGGACCGGAGUUCGUGGGAGGCCAUGGCCGGUUUCUGUGACUUGGUCAUGGUGUUUCGUGAGGCUGAGGAGUGCGAAAGGGAAUGGGAUCCCUCUUCGGCUCCUCAGCGCAGAAGGCGGGAUGGACGGCGCGUGCGAGAGGCCGCCGCUCAGCCCUCGUAG